CGCCGCAUGAUGUCAUUCAACAUCACACACUCACACAUACAAGUUGUCGCGACGACCGCGCGCCUGUUUACAUUCUGUACUCCGUGACUUCACUGAACACUCGUGUCUGUGAUUAAUUUAUUAUUUAAAUUACAUAGUUAUAGUUCAAAAUGGCCAACAAUAGAGCAGCCAAGUCUGGAUUUGCCGCUGAAGCACAGCGAAAGAUCAACAGUAAAUACAGCGAGGAGUUAGCAUCAGAAUGUUUGUACUGGAUCCAGCAGAUCACAAACGAGCCGGAGAACACUUCUGGUGACAUGGACAACUUCUACGAGGUCCUAAAGGAUGGGACUCUCCUUUGCAAGCUGGUCAACAACAUCCAACCAGGAAUGGUGAAGAAGGUGAACGAAUCCAAAAUGGCGUUCAAGUGCAUGGAGAAUAUAAACGCGUUCCUGGAAGCGGCGAGGCAGCUGGGUGUUCCCGCGCAGGAGACCUUCCAAACUGUAGAUCUUUGGGAAAGACAGAAUCUAAACUCCGUGGUAAUCUGCCUCCAGUCCCUAGGCAGAAAGGCUGGAAGCUUCGGGAAGCCAUCAAUAGGGCCGAAGGAGGCCGAGAAGAAUGUACGGAACUUCUCCGAGGAGCAACUAAGGGCUGGACAGGGCGUAAUUUCGCUCCAAUACGGCUCAAACAAAGGCGCUAAUCAGAGCGGCAUAAAUUUCGGAAACACAAGGCACAUGUAAAUAUUAAGGUUAACCCUUCAACACAGUCAGCGAAGGGCCCCACGGCUUUUGUAAGACCGUUUAAAGUAAGAAAGAGACAGAUACAAUAUUCCUACCACCUGUCGCAUAUUGCGGGCUAACGGCUAAAUUUGUUACGUGAGGAAUGAC